GCCGCGUUUUUUGCCUUUCCGUUGGUCGGAGAAAGCGAAACAGAAGAAAUGCAAAUAUGCAAUGCAUUCGAUUCAGAUUCUAGAUGAAGCGACUCCUCUUCUAGAAUCUCAUCGCCGAAAUUGAAUUUAGCAUUUUGCGGUAUUGGUUCCAGUUUUGAAUUCAAGUGAAAAUGGCGUCGAAUCCUUUUCUGCAACCUGAGAUCAGACCCGAUGGACUCCCUAGAGAAGCACCUUUAAUCGCCUACACUGAGAAGAUUCUCUCAAUUUUCUUUCCGAUUACCAGUUUUUGAAUUGAUGAAUUUCUUGAAUGUGAUCAUGUAUUCUUGUUUCUUGUUUCUUGUUUCAGAUAAUCGAGGAAGUGCAGCUUCAAUUAAAAAAGUACGUUCAAAGCUCUUGAGAUUGAAUCUGUCACUUGUAUUCUCAUUGCUAAAGAUACAUUGAAGAAAAUUAUUCUAAAAUAUGUGAUAUCGAAAGGGAGCUAGCGAAUCUAACAAUGGAGAUGAAACUGACAGCUGGGCCAAAACAGGCAGGGCUUGCAUAUGUUUUGAUUUUGAUAUCAUUUUAUAGAUCCAAAAACCUCAUUUUGUCAUUGCCAUACUCCUGCCUUGACUGGCCUUCGCUGCUGGAGACCCGGGUUUGGGAAGCAGCAUCAAAGGCUGUGAAGGAUGAGGAAGCAAUCAAGCAGAAGUUAUGUGAAGAAUUAAAUAAUCGGGUUCAAGAAAGUAGUAACUCUCAAUUUGCUGUACUAGAGGAAUUGAAAAGGCGGUUGGAAGCUCUGAAUCCAAGUAGAGCAUCUGCCAUGUUGCCUCAUGAUUUGAAGCCAUCAGGACCUGCUAAUGGAGGUGGAGCUUCAGAUUCUUCCUUAGUUUCCAAUACAACAGAAAUGCAGCUAAAUCAAAGAGAUGGUGGAAAUGCUGCUGCUAAUGGGCAAAAUCAACAGUUAAAAAGUGAGGAAGAAGUAAGAGUAAAGAAGAAGAGACAGUACCAAACCAAGGAAGGGGAAAGGGAAUUGGUGCUGUGCCUAAGGGUAGAGGUUCUGCAGCACCUGGCUGGACAGGGGCAGGGUUUGAAACGUAGAAGCGUCAAUCCAUAUUGUCUCUUCACAUGAAGACAUGGGAGAAAAGAUUUCAAUUUUUUUUUUUUUUUUUCAUUUUAGGGAUACUUCUCUUGCUCGUCUGUGUCUCCCUUGACUUUGCCUUCUUUAGCUGUUCUUGCAUCCUUUCAAUUGCAUAUAGCUUGAAUAUAAAAUGUUCUAUCUGACCUUUUUACUUCUUAUUCGUUUUCUAAACUAAUACAAGUCAAUAGUGGGAGUCUCAGUUGGGAAAUGGGAAAUCAUUCAGGAACAUCGGUUUUGGAAAGGUCGAUAGAGAAAAAUAGAUAAAGCGAAAAGUUUCUG